AUGCAGCUGGCGACCCAUUUCUGGGGAACUGCUUGGCUUGUUGCAGUAAUGAGCAGCACUGCCACAGCUGACCCUCAUUCCAAGCGCACUUUGACUCACAGAGACACCUGUCUAUCAUUGUCUCGGGAGUGCAAUGUCUCAAUACAAGAGCUCAUAGAAGCCAAUGACGGAGACAGCUCUUGGUGUUCAAGUCUCCGCCCUGGUCAAAAGAUAUCUUGCUCCCAGGGCUAUCCAAGCCAUUCCUUCCAAGAUACAACCUGUGUUGUUUACACGGUUCAAACUGGAGACACGUGCGGAAGUAUUGGAAGAUCUUUCAACAUCACAGGCCAGACUAUCUCCAAGUUCAACCAUGAAACUACGUGGGCAUGGACAGGUUGUGAUAACCUGGUUGCUGGUACUAAGAUAUGUCUCAGCUCUGGCAAGCCACCUCCGCCCAACCCUAUCAAGGACGCUGUUUGUGGACCACAAGCUCCCGGAGCACAUUUCGGAAACCAUAUCAAAUCUGUUUCAGACUUGGCCUUAAUCAACCCUUGUCCACUCAAUGCUUGCUGCGGUGUUAAUGGACAAUGUGGAAACAGUGCUGAGUUUUGCACGAGAAGGAACCCUUCCGAUUUCUCCCAUUGCAUCUCGAACUGCGGGACUAAUAUCGAGACGAGCAAUAAUAUCGUCGAAGAGUAUCUCCGCAUUGUCCAAUAUGAUCCUACCCAGAAGCUUGACGCUUUCCUAUCCGAUAAUCCUGGCUAUACUCAUAUCCACUGGUCAAAAGCUUCUAUUAGCAAGAACAUGACAAUCCGUGUAGACAACAAGCACAAACAGUGGGAAGAGUUUAUCCUUCUUCAGAAUUCGAAGAAGAUCCUAUCGUUAGGAGACAUACAUGAGUCUGCGGGCGAAUCCUCCAACUCGAACGAUAAACUUCGGGAGGCCAUGCAACCACAGACUCGAUGGCAGUUUGUCUCGCAGCUUGUUAAGUUUGUCGACACGUCUGGCAUCAAUGGUGUUCACUUUGACUGGCAAAUUAGCCAAUCAAGUAGCUCAGAUGUUCGUCUCUACCUUGAUACGUUGAGAGAACUCAGGCGACAAUUGAGUGAUAAAUACUCAAUCUCGAUCAGCCUCCCCGCACAAUAUUCGCUUCUUAAAGCGUACCCUGCCCGAGAACUGGCCACCCUGGUCGAUUACUUUGUAUACCUUACAUACGACCUCUUCGAGCACUCUGGUCUAGAGUCUGGAGUAUCGCAAUCUGGUUGUCCGGCUGGGAAUUGUCUGCGCAGCCAUAUAAACCAGACAGAAGUAGAAUACGCACUUUCAAUGAUUACGAAAGCUGGUGUAAGUUCACAACAGGUUGUUGUUGGCGAGGCUAGCUAUGGCCGGGCUUUCACAAUGGUUGAUCCAAGAUGUUACGGAUCUGAUUGCCUGUUCAAAGUCGACCCAUCCAGCCCUCAGGUCCCUGCUAGUACCUGUAGCAAUGGCAGCAGAACAUUGCUGGAUUCUCAGAUUGCGGAGAUUCUCGAUCAGCGCCACAACAGAGCUGUAACCUGGCAUGACAAGAAAUCGGCUUCUGACUUGCUGAUUUUUGACGAUACGUACUGGGUAUCCUAUGCGUCCGAGAAGACUAGGAAGGCUCGAGCUGCAUACUGGCGAAAGCUUGGAUUUCUCGGCACCGCUGAGUUUCAGACCAGAUGCAAGUCUGAGAUUCCCACAAUCGGCCAGGACACUCAUACUACCCCGGAUCCUCCCGCGGCGUUAUACCCAAUUCCAAGCCAUGGACUUUCAAAACCAUCCGGUGGUGAUGAGCAGUCGCCGCAAGCGAAGCCCGAAGCUCCCACGAUAUCUGGCAGCGAGGAGCCCCAACGACCGUACCAAGAUCUACCUAUCAAUGUCCCGCAAGUUUCUAAUAACGAUGAUCCUUGGUCUAGUUCGGUCGUCGACAGGCCAUCUGGACGCUACACCCAGACUGGUCAUAUCGGCUUCCCAACUGAACAAGUUACGUCGGUCUUCACCGUAUAUGUGACUACUGUAGCAGGUCGCACUGAGACCGUCACCCGGUGCAUUGUUGAGACAGCGGCAUCACCCUCUGGGGUAGUUUCCCGGGUCGAUUCCUAUCCUGCCUACAUGCCUCCCGCUGGACACGGAGAAUACGACAAUCCAAGUGAGGCGCACCAACCAACCUCUGGAGAGAUAACGUGGAGAGACAAUUAUUCACUGGAUAUUCCCACUUUGAUUAGGAGUGAGACAGAAGACACAAGGCAAACUGAUUCGGACUUUCGUCCACCAUUCCCAACAUUCCAUACUUCCAGGUUUUGGAAUACUUCAACCGUUUCAACAACCGAGAUGGGUGCCGAACCACCGUUCUCCAGCAUCUCGGACAUCAGGUUAACCACCGACGUUCCGACCACGCCUCAUCUCCCUGCACUGACUCCUCAUGACACUUCAACAUCUACCUAUCACGAACCUACUUCCGUAGAGGGGAUCACAAUCUCACCAACUGCUGUGGGCUCUGUCACGACAUCAAACCCUUGGAACUUCACCCAGCCUAAUUGGCAAGCGUCAACAAGUGUGCGAUCUGAGUUGGAAACAACCCUUUCAACAGGAGUUUCCGAGGCCUUUGGGACAGGUACUGGGUCAACGCAAUCGGCUGCGUCUCCAGGCAUCCCUUCUGGAUCGACUGGAAUCACUGCUCCAACUUCACAAACCGAUCCAAUUACUAUUGGUCAGACCACGAGCCCUCUUGAGCCAGGAACCGGAAUUGACACAACUAGUGACACCGAAUCCACAGUCCGCUCAAUUGGAGCUAGUUCCGAAGUCUUGUCUGGAACUCGCACCGAUGAGAAUCCUACUGUAUCUACGCAGGAGGCCAUCGGUACGCACCACACAGUAUCUGGAAGUCCAAACGGAGAGGCCGGUAUCACUUCUGAGACAGGAUCUUUGGUAACUCAGGCCCCGAUUACGGAUGAUCAAUCACAUACAACAGGAUCCGUUUCAGUCAGUGACGGAAAUAGCUCAUCAGGCCCGACAAUAAGUGUUGCUUCUGAGGACAUCAGCAUGACCACUGGCGCGUUUACCUCUUUGGGACUCGGAGCUACGAAUGCGGCUCCGGGUACACACACGACGGGCGAGAUUUCGGAAGGUCUUGGUGAGAACGAGACCUCUGUCCACAGUGAGGACGUUGACAAUGGAUCAGCAACAUCCACCGACUCCCAGCAAUCGGUUAUUCAGACUUCGCCGCGUCCAACAACAAGUGGCAGUAUCUCGGCAGACCUUCCCAAUGAUGGCACAAGAACUUCAUCUGAUUUACCAAAUGCAAGUACUAUACCAUCAGACGUCACUUUAAACCCUCAUGAGAGCUCCACAGACAACGAACUUUCCACUAUUCAAUCCUCACAUGAAACUAUCUCCGGCGAUACCAGAACAAACGAAGUCACGAAGACAUCGGAGUCUAAUGCUGACAGUACUCCUGUUGGCGUUGACACCAGGACCAAUACGCCUGCUAGUGAUCAGACUUCUGCAUUCAGUGAUGGUACUGGCCUUGGAACCGAACCGACGACAAAGUCAUCUUUAUCGUCGAUUGGAGAGGUCCAUGGUAGUACUGAUGCUAUCUCUGACAUGCCUGUGUCGACAAAUGAUGCGACAGAAAGCAAUGGGGAUCGUGAAAAAUCCACUGAUGCCGGUCUGGGCUUGACACUCCCAAGCUUGCCAACAAUCGACUUGACUUCACUGCCCGGCACGUUACUGCCCAUUCAGACAGAUGAGUCUACCGUGCUGGAGUCGAUCACCAAGGGCCCAACCAUUGAAUCUUCAACGACGGACGACGGUUUCGGUGCCAUACCUGUCCCGACCUUCUCUGACGACCCUGCUGAGGAGACGAGCACUCCUUCUGACUGCCAGGGUGGAGAAUGCACUAUCGGAAAGGAUUGUAAGGAUCCCUCCUGUACGAGAGGAGGCGACUGCUUCGGACCAAACUGCACCAAGGCUGGUGCAUGUGUCGGGCCCAAGUGCACGCGUGGCGGUCAAUGUCGAGGAGACAAGUGCGAAUCUGGUGGUGGAUGUGAAGGUGUCGGAUGCGUGGUAGGAGGAGGCUGUUUCGGUAUCAACUGUAUUCUUGGUGGUACUUGUGUCGGUCCUUCAUGCCACCAAGGAGGGCCCUGUUCUCAAAAGACCUUGGGAGAUUGUCCUCCUGGGAAGUGUACAGGGAAACAGUGUGACGAGGAGGGAGAUGAAGAUUGCACCAGUAAAACAACCGCUGAGGUUUGUACCGAGACAGUGAGCAGCACCGUGGUUACGACAAUCCCAACAACGAGUUGGUCGACCACGACUAUGACAUCUUGUCGAACACUGACAGAAUGCGACAUAACCGACUCAACGACUACGACUACCAUGACAGGUACUGAGGAGCCUGACCCCCAGGCGACACCGGAGGGCUUUUACGAUUAUGACGAGGAAGAGAACACCCCCACUUCCUUCUGGGAUGAAGUUGAGGAUGACUAUGAUGAAUGGCUCCGUGAAGCUGACCGGAUACCCACUACGACCACCACAUCACAGCCACCAACAACAUUUGCCACGUCUACAAAACCUCGUAGCACUGUCACAGUCACUGCGCAACCCGAUCCAACACCAGAGGCAAGAUGUAUUCAGAUGGGCGCAGGUGUCUCUUGGAAAUUUGUGAUAGUUCGCAUCCUCAACUGGGCAGACGAUGGAGGGGCGAAGCUUAAGAAAGAAGAAUCCGGCUGUGGAGGAAUCACGGAAUGGGAAUGGCAAAGCGGUGAUAACAGUAAUCUGGGCCAUGAGGUGUCUUUCAACCUCCCAUUGUUUAUGAAGUCAGGUUGUGUGGAACGAGCCAUCGUAUCUGCUGGAGGACCCAGCAUCAAAUGUAAGUGGCAUCCCGGCGGUGUUGGUCCGGACCCAGACUUUUUCGCGGCGAAGGGGAACCAGACAAGACCCCUUCCAACUUUUGGAGACGUGUUACCUACAGAGGUUCAUGAUGAGAGGCCAAAGUCCCUACCGACAUAA